AUGGCUGGUAGAUGGAUCAUCCAAUGGAUAUCCGACAAAGAAUCCUCAUCGAUUGGGGUGAACAAUCCCUACGAUUAUCUGUGCUUUUUCAUCCUAGUCUAUCAGCUCAAUUAUCCUGGUCUAUCAGUUCAAUUAUCUACAAAAAUGACUCGAGGAAAUAAAUCGAAGAAAGCUAAAGCAUCUAGUUCUAGUUCUAAAUCUCAAUCUAAUCCCUUCACAAAGUCAUCUAGUCAAGCCUCAGCCAGAUCCAAUACCGCUAAUAGACGUCAAAAGUCAACUAUUACGAAAACCGUUGCGGAUGAAGACACUGAUGAUGCGGACUAUGAAAACGAAGAAGAUGUAGAAGUUGAAGACAAUGAAGAAUGCGAGGAAGACAAUGAGGUGUUAGCAGAUGAAUCAUUUGGUAGUGUUCCCUCACGCACUGAUGGAAAACGAGGUCGGAAAACAAGCCAAGCUUUUAAGUCUCAAGGUGCUACGUCAAAGCCCGUCAAAAGAUCAAGAAGAAACAGGUACGUUUGUAUGAAACUUGUGCUUACUUUUGAAUUUGUUCACUAA